UCAUUCUAACUGCUCUCCGACUGGGUGAGGAGUUGCUCCCCUGGUUGCAGAAAUGGUGGUCUUGGCAAUGGUUAUUGGGUUGGCAGUGAGCCUCCUGGUCACCUGUGGUGCUGUGUUGAGAUGGAAUGAGGUGAGGUACAGGAAGAAAGGCCUGCCUCCCGGGACUAUGGGUUGGCCAGUCUUUGGGGAGACCACAGAGUUCCUGAAGCAAGGUCCAAGCUUCAUGAAGAACCAGAGACUCAGGUACGGGAGCUUAUUCAAGUCUCAUAUACUGGGAUGUCCUACGGUGGUGUGCAUGGAUCCAGAGCUCAACAGGUUCAUUCUGAUGAACGAAGGCAAAGGGUUUGCUCCUGGCUACCCACAGUCCAUGCUGGAUAUCCUGGGGAGAUCCAACAUUGCAGCCGUACGUGGUGACAUGCACAAGACGAUGAGGAGUGCUAUGCUUGGCAUCGUGAGCCCCCCAGUGAUCAGGGACCAACUCCUGCCCAAGAUCGAUGAGUUCAUGAGGUCUUACAUCGACAACUGGGGUGGAAGAGUCAUCGACAUCCAAGAGAAGACCAAGGAGAUGGCAUUGAUGUCGGCCUUGAAACAAAUUGCCAGCAUCGAGACAGGUCCAGUUUCUGAAGCUCUAAAAGCAGAGAUCUUCAGACUUGUUCUUGGUACUCUUUCAUUGCCAAUCAAUAUUCCUGGAACAAAUUACCAUCAGGGCUUCAAGGCAAGGAAGAGACUUGUGUACAUAUUGCGGCAGCUAAUAGAGGAAAGAAGAGUCUCUGGAUACUACCACGAUGACAUGCUUGAUUCCCUCUUGAAGAUCGACGACAGCUCCAGAGGAAAACUUGAUGAUGAACAGAUCAUUGAUCUGAUCAUUGCCUUGGUCUACUCUGGUUAUGAAACUGUCUCGACCACAUCGAUGAUGGCUGUCAAGUAUCUCCAUGAUCACCCCGGAGUCCUUGUAGAACUGAGGAAUGAGCAUCUGGAAAUCCGUAAAGGGAAGUCGCGCGAGGAUGCAAUCGAUUGGAACGAUUACAAGUCCAUGAGAUUUACUCGUGCAGUGAUACUGGAGACUCUAAGAAUGGCCACAGUAGUCAACGGGGUACUCAGAAAGACAACCCAAGAUGUGGCGAUGAAAGGUUUCACAAUACCGAAAGGGUGGAGGAUUUAUGUGUACACUAGAGAGAUCAAUUAUGAUCCUCUCAUGUACCCACAACCUUUAAGCUUCAACCCAUGGAGAUGGCUGGGCAAAAACAUGGACUCACACCAGCAUUUCAUGCUGUUUGGAGGAGGAGCAAGGAUGUGCCCAGGGAAAGAACUGGGGACAGUAGAAAUCGCUACAUUCCUUCACUAUUUUGUAACCCGAUACAGAUGGGAAGAAGUUGGAGGGGAUAAUAUACUAAAAUUUCCGAGAGUCGAAGCUCCGAACGGCCUGCAUAUCCGUGUUUGGGACGAUUAGGAUCGAAUUGUACAGAGCAUUAGGUAGUUUUUUCGACAAAUGAUCAUCCGAAGAGAAAUGUUGCUGCAUUUUGUUCUUGAGUUGCUGAGGGUUAGAACUUAGAACUACCCUCGUCCAGAUAGAGAGUUACACAUAGUUUCUGCUAUAAAUUUGUCAAUGCGAGUAUGAUCAGUAGGUGAGUCAUACAAGAUCAUGAAAUUGUCAGAUGACUGAACCAACCGAACUGGUGAUGCUUCUGUGUUUGGUUGGUGACCAAUUGAUGAAGUGAUACUGUCACUCAAAUCUUUUUCUUGUACAGUGAGCAAUGACAUGCAGGAGAGAAAAGAGACCUCCAGAGUUGUUCUGCAUAA